CUCAGUGGUAGUCUUUUAAGUUUCUCAACACGUGUACAACUAGGAUUUGAUCGUGACAUCCUCUCAACUUCGCUCGUGAACGUAGUUAAAGGGGCAGUCAAAAGUUCAACUCCCUCUCCAGACUCCAAACUUGUUCUUACUAUUUCUCGUCUUUACGACUCUGUCUCCCCUAUGGAGAAUUCGCAAGGCCUGAAAAAGCGGUCUCCGGCGGAGGAAGUGAAGUUGGCCGCAGCCGCGAUCAGCCUCAACGUGCGGCUGAGAUCCUCCGACAUGCCAAUCGAUAUCCAAGAACACGCCAUGCGUUGCGCCAGAUCGCUCGUUGAUUCCGCUCCCAAACGCCGCCCCAACCUGACCCACCUCGCCCGAACCUUAAAAAAGGAGUUUGACUCGGAGUAUGGACCCGCCUGGCACUGCGUGGUGGGAACGAGUUUUGGGUCGUUUGUCACUCACUCACCUGGUGGGUUCCUGUAUUUCUCUGUUGACUCGCUCUCCGUUCUUCUAUUCAAAACAGAGGUUCUGCUGGUGAUGGAACCGGACGGCGAAAAGAGGCUCUGAAAAUUUUGGCAUGUACUGAUGGUAAUGAAGAGUCAAGCAUGGG